AUGUCCCGAGAGGCAGGUUCGUGCCGCCUGGGCCCCGGGGCACGGGCCCGGGCGCGAAAGCCCAAGAAGCCGCACUACAUCCCGCGGCCCUGGGGCAAACCUUACAAUUACAAGUGCUUCCAGUGCCCCUUCACCUGCCUGGAGAAGUCCCACCUCUACAACCACAUGAAGUACAGCCUCUGCAAGGACUCCCUCUCGCUCCUGCUGGACUCCCCCGACUGGGCCUGCCGCCGCACCCCUGCCAUGCCUCGGCCACGCGCGCCCACCCCGGGCUGCCCCGCAGACCCCUCGGACCCCACGGACCCUGGUGGCCGGUUCCGAGGACCAAGGCUCCCAGAUGCUCCUGCCACGCCUGACCUCGUGGCCACCGACGUCCUCUCCCUAAGCCGCCGGGUCAGGGGCCCCAGGCCAAGGGCCGAGGGGUCCCCAGAAACACAGCCUUCUGAGGCCAGGGACACCCAGAAGGGUGCAGGCCUCGGUGGCCUCCUGGCCGAGUCGUGGAAGCCCGGGUCGGGUGGGGGCCCUAGGGCUGUGGUCGUGGUGGACACAGCUGCCGCGGGCCCUGAGAGCAGUGUCCCCUGCUACCCCCCGCCCACCCCCGGGGAGUUCCCGGAGGCCCAGAGCCUCCACCUGUCCCUGCUGGGCGUCAACUACCCUCUCGGCCCGGGCCUCUUUUCCUACCUGGGACCCUCCCUGGCCGCUGCCGCCCACGUGCCCUUCCUGGCCUCAGCUAGCCCCCUGCUGCCCCCAGCCACUGCCUUCCCUGCUCCACAGCCCCCUGAGCGCCCAGCCCUGGUUCCUCGCCUGUACUACCCCCUGCUCCUGGAGCACAGUCUGGGGCUGCCAGCAGGCAAGACUGCCCUUGCCAAGCCCCCUGCACCCCCCAAAGGGCCCCCUGGGACUCUGGCCCCUGGGCAGCUGAAGGUGCCAGUGCCUGGGCUGGGCGGGCCCUGGCCCCGUGGUGCUCUCAGGGACCCAGGGCAGGAGGGUGAGCUGGAGCGGGCUGCCCGGAGUGACCCCAAGAGGAAGCUGGCCCUGGGAGGCAGGCCGGAACCCCCGAAGGCCCCCUGCAGCAGGGUGAAGUUCAGUUCCCAGAGCAGCCUGCGGACCGGCCCCUCUGUGAUGCUCUGGCCUGAGGACAAGGAGCUAAGUGACCUCGAGACCCCUGGCCCUGUGGCCCCCCUGCCCCAGCAACCACUGGGCUUGGUGCCAGGGAGCCCCGGGCACGUGGGCGAGGACCUGACGCGGGCCCUCGGCGACUGUGCCAGGGUGGAGCAGCGCCUGGGCCAGCUGGCGCCUGCCGGGGGCCUGACCCCACGGCCUCUGCGGGAGCAGCUGGGGAAGAUCCGCCGGGAGCUGCUCACCAUCCACCAGGCGCUGGAGCGGGCUGUGAGGCCACCCGAUGCCCCCCUCGACCUCUCUAUGAAACGGGCGCCCACCAAGGGGCCCUGGGGGCAGCCAGAUCUGGGCCCCACGAUGGCCCGGGGGACCCCUGAGCCCCCCGGCCUGCUGGCAGCCCCGUCUCUGUCUGGCCACACCACCAAGUGUGAGGCUGACUCCAGCGUCCCUCCCCCGGGUCUUCCUCUCCAGGCCCCAGAUGACCCUGUCCUUCUUGGCAGCUGGGGAGCCCGCGGUGGGGCUGGGGGCUCCUGGCCCCCCGAGGCUGUGCCUGGCCUGCAGAGCCCCCCAGGUGCCGAGGUUUGA